UCGACCGUUCGGCAAACAACACGUAACGACGACCUCUCACUUUAAAGAACAACUUAACGAGAGAUAUGUCUCUGAAACCUUACUUCUCUCUGCUACACUCAUCACAGCCUACGAAUGCUAAACUCUCGGACUUCUUGAUCGCUCAACAAUCCUCCGAUGAUCGGAAAACUACCCCGGCCGAGGAGUUUUCUCCGCUGGCUGAGAAAUUCAACCGUCGCCUUCUUCUGGGUGUAGGAUCGUCCUCUGUUCUUGCCGUUGGUGCCAAUUUCUGUGGUAUCACGAGUUUUGUACUCGGUUUAUCGCCGGAACUCGGCCGGAAUCUGAAACUCGACGUCGUCUAUCCGAUUGGAGGGUAUAGCAGAUGUAUCGACACGGUUCAAGGAUUCGAAUUUAUAUAUCCGGUUACGUGGGUUGGAGACCAGACGCUUUUGUAUAGAGCGGCGGAGAAGUCAGAACGUGAGACAUCGCUAGACCUUCCUCCGGCAAGAAACAUUCGCCGGAAAAACGUUAAUGAACCGGUUGUUGCAUUUGGACCUCCCGGUUCGACCGGUGAGCUCAACGUCAGUGUUAUCGUCUCCCCUGUCUCACCCAGCUUCUCAAUCGAAGCAUUUGGAGGGCCAAAAGAAGUAGGAGAAGCAAUAGUAAGAACGGUGACAGGAUCCGGUCAACGAACAGAUUUAAAAGGAACUUUGCUAGAAUCAAAUCUCAGACAAGAUUCAGAGAGAAACUUGAAGUACUAUGAGUUGGAGUUUAAAGUCGAAUCACCCGUAUUCAGACGGCAUAAUGUAGCCAUUUGUUGCGCUCACCGUGGCCGGCUCUAUACGCUGAACGCUCAAGCUCCAGAGUCAGCUUGGUCGGAGGUGAGAUCGAAGAUUUACACUACUGCUAAAUCGUUCAACAUCAUUUCUUAAAUGUAAACAAUUUGUAAACACUAAAAAAGAAACAAGACAUUACAAUCUUAUUUUGUUUGUUGAGUAUAUAAUACAGUCUCAUGUUGAUUCA